GUAAUUUCAUUUACGGACGUUCAGAAAAUUGACAUCACGGCUGCAAGGACAUAUAAAAAACCAGCACAGUGCAUUUUCAAUUGACUACAAGGACACUGACAGGAGCAUUCUACAGGCUCAACUUCUCUAACGGCACAAUAGAACCUGGACUUUGCAAAGUACACCGAGAAGCUUCUUUUUAUAAAUCAGUUCUGAGAACAUCUGAGAGAUUUUAUUUUAUCUUCAAUUGUGUUCACAAUUCCUUUAAAGAAGCAUGUGUUCGGGAGGCUGUGCCAAGUGCCUGGGAAGUACUCUCAUCCCCCUGGCCGUGCUCUGCACCCUUGCUAACAUUUUGUUGUUUUUCCCUGGAGGAAAAGUGCCUGAAGAGAGUGGACAUAUUACAGAUGAAGUUUGGUGCUUUGGAGGGAUCUUGGGAUCGGGUGUAUUGAUGAUCUUCCCUGCCUUGGUAUUUUUGGGCCUUCAGAAUAAUGAUUGCUGUGGAUGCUGUGGUAAUCGGAGCUGUGGAAAGAGGUUUGCGAUGUUUUCUUCUAUAAUAUUUGCUGCCGUUGGAGUUCUGGGAGCUGGAUACUGCUUUAUUUUGUCAGCAGUAGCCCUAAACAAAGGCCCUAAAUGUAAAUAUCAAGAAGCGUGGACCUACCCUUUUAAGGCUGGAGAUUACCUUGCUGACCACUCAUUGUGGGAACAGUGUACAUCACCUGAAAAUAUUGUCCCAUGGCACCUGACCCUCUUCUCCUUGCUGCUGGUCAUGAGUGGGAUCCAGGCAGUGCUCUGUGGCAUUCAGGUGGUGAACGGCCUCUUUGGAACCAUCUGUGGGGACUGCAAAUGCUGCGGAUGUUGUGGGGGAGAAGGAACUGUCUAAUAGGAAUAUUGCAGACAACUCUCCUCAUCCUGGGAGAAUCCCUUCUGCAGCUGCUCCACAAAGCAGCCCUCCAAUGCACUGGCUCUGGCCAAGAAGAUGAGAAUCAAGGGCUCCUCCUUCCACCAGUGUUAUGAAGCCCUGACUCCCUUUUCAGCCUUCCUGAAAUCCCUCAUCAUGGAAUAAAAUAAGUGAAAUACAA